UUGAAAAAUAUGAGCUGGGAGACUCUUUACAUCAUUAUUUGACCAUUAGUGAAAUAGCAACUUGGAUAUCACGGAAUAUCAUUUUUAUUACGUUGUGAAGCCCAGUCUGUAGCACAUUAACGGUAACGCUUAUUGUCAGAGCCUGAGAGACUUCGGCAUGGCAGAGGGUGAUGAAAGCACAGGUGGAGAGUGGAAAGAGAAGUACAUGGCCCUCGAGGCCCUGCUCUUCAAGUUCCGUGGACAAAUGAGCAUGGUCAGAGAGCUCACAACAGAAAAGAUGCAGCAGUUGGAGACCCAGGUACUGGAAGCAGAACAACGGGCAUAUGAAGCCAACCAGCAGGUGCAGUGGAUGGAAGAGCGUCUAAAGGCAUCAGAUAUCCAGUCAAGUGAUUCAGAAGUGAGGCUCUUCAGGCGCUGUCAAAAUCUUCAGUCAGUCCUGCAGGAGAAAGAUGAGCUUAUUUCCACCCUAGAGAAACAGCUAGAGGAACAGAAACAGAAUCGAAUCCAAGAUGCCAGAACUGUGGAAGAAAAAGCAGCCAAAAUUAAAGAAUGGGUUAUGCGGAAGCUAAAUGCAUUUCAGACAGAGAACACCUCUCUGAGGGAUAGGCACCAACAGCAAGAGGCUGAGAUUCAAGACCUGAGAAGACAGCUAGAAGCUAUGGAUCAGACUUUGUGCUCUGAUGGAACACUUCAGCCAAAUGUGGGUGAGCCCCAGCGGCUCAGUAGCCUGACUUUUGGCUGUUUCCAAAUCAGAGGGAAGAGUCCUCAGGUACAAACAGGCCCAGAACCAUCCCAGAAGAGCAUCAGUACCCCGCAAGAUCGUGAUCACACGCAUAUGGACUGCAGAAGACCCUUGAUUGAAUCUGAAGAUAAGGAAGACUGCCCAGAAACACAGAGUAUCAGGCGUUGCUCUAAGGAGAGAACUGAAGAUGAGGGUGAGCAAGAUAGUACUGGACUCAAGUUGUCUUGUGGUGCCUCCUCUGUGCUGUCAAGCACUGCUUCGGAAGGGGAGAAAAGUCUAUUUGAAGGUUUGUGUUUCAGCCGUACCACCAGUGAGGCCUAUCACACCACUUCUGAUGACAGCAGCUCAUUGUUUGAUGAUGACAUGCAGCGUUUGGAGUGUUCCAGAUUUUGUAUUUCUGAUACCAAAAGCACUUUUAAGAAGGGCAACAAGAUGGCAGACACUGAAGAUGGAUCUUCAGAUGAGCUAAACAAGCACUUCCAGUCCCAAUAUCUGGAUUCCUCAUCAUCUUCCAGUGACACAAACACCCGCAGCCCCAUUCUAACUCCAGUUCUCACACCAAAAAGGCCCACCCCUUCCCAGGACUCCCAAGACACCCCAGCUUCCCCUAAACAACCUCGACUGCGCAAUCCAAAUGCUUUUGAGGUUAGUUUGGCACUUUCAAAAAAGCAUAUGAGUCAGCCUCCGCUGUAUAGUGAAGCUGCUCACGGACGCACAAGAAAUGCCAUCAGCAUGCUACGUUCUCCAGAGCCUCAAGAAACAGACAUGGAUGAGGAGCAAAAGAUGGAAACUGGUGAAAAAGAACAUAGUGAUGUGCCUUCAGCUGAGGUGCUACAUGAGGAACCCCAAACACCCGACACAUCCGCAGCCAUACCCGGAAGUAAACCUCCGACCCCUCCACUACACAGGCUGCCCUCUUGGGAGAGCAGAAUAUAUGCUGUGGCAAAAUCUGGAAUUCGUUUGUCAGAGAUGUCAUGUACAGAUGUAGUUAAUAAAGACCACUCUCAUGCAUCUUCAUGCCCCUCCUACAUGCUCUACACAUCCUUUAUCUACAGCAAUAACAGUACACCUGCCUUCACCACACACAAAGGGAAGGUGACUUUGUUAAGCAAUAGUACAUGUUCAGAGGAGUCAUCUAGUUCUGAUGAGGAGGAGAGCUCAGAGGAAUUUCAGUCUAAUUCUGGAGAGGAUGAAAAAGCCCAGACCUCUGUAUCAGAGUCAUAUAACAGCCACAGAAGCUCCCACUCCUUUAAGAGAGCUGUCUCAUUGUCUUCAAUGACAUCUGAGAGUGACUACGCCAUACCCCCAGAUGCCUACUCCACUGAUACAGAGUGCUUUGAACCUGAAAACAAACAAUCAAAGACCGGCUCAUCCAGUGGCAACAUUAUGAAUGAGUCUAUGGAGAAAUCUGGGUACCUGCUCAAGAUGGUAAAGACAUGGAAGAAAGCAUGGAAAAGGCACUGGUUUGUUCUAAAGGAUGGGGAGCUUCUCUUCUACAAUUCACCAAGUGAUGUCAUUCGUAAGCCCCUAGGCCAGAUUGAGCUGAAUGCAUGUAGCACUAUAACACGUGGUGAUGAGAAACAGAUGCUUCAGGUAGUCACUGGAAAAAGUGUGUGUUAUCUGAAGGCUGAUUCCCCAAACCUUCUGGAGGAGUGGGUGAGGGUUCUUCAGAGCGUCCAGAGAAUUAAAGCCGCUAGUCCGGUAUUCACUCAUUCAGACAUGCGGCCUGUUAUUAAAGGACACUUGACGAUGGUGAAGCAUGGCUGCUCUAAGCAUGUGUGGUGUGCCCUUUUUGGAAAGACUCUCUACUUUUUCAGAAAUCAAGAGGACAAGUUUCCCCUAGGUCAAAUCAAAAUGUGGGAGGCCCGUGUGGAGGAAGAACAUAAGUCAUCUGAACUUGUCCAAGUCUCUGCUCAACAUACCAUCUCCAUUCAGUCAGUCAGGCAGGGGUCAAUAUACCUGCUCAUCGACUCCCCUCAUGAGAAGAUGGCAUGGGUUUACCAUUUGUCUGUGGCAGCUGGAACUGCAGUGGGGCAUGUGGGCACUGAGUUUGAGCAGCUGGUUGGUAAGCUGCUCAACAUGGAUGGAAACCAAGGGUCUCAGCUCUGGAGGCACCCGAUGCUAUGUUAUAGUAAAGAAGGACUGCUUUUUCCACUUACCACCCUGCCAUCACAGGCUCUACAAACUGAAGCCAUCAAGCUUUUUAAGACUUGUCAGCUCUUUAUUAAUGUGGCCAUUGACACUUCAGCCAUAGAUUAUCAUGUGACACUUGCUCAGUGUGCUCUACAAGUGUGUCUUACCCAUCCAGAGUUGCAAAAUGAGAUAUACUGCCAGCUAAUCAAACAGACAUGGAAGAAGCAGACAAACGGGCCACCUGGACCUUUGCAGGGUUGGCAGUUCCUGGCUCUGUGCGUUGGCCUUUUCCUGCCCACACACCCUAUUCUUUGGUAUUUACAGGUUCAUCUCAAAAGGCAUGGAGAUUCCAGGACGGAAGUGGGAAAGUAUUCCAUCUAUUGCCAACGCUCACUGGAGCGGACACAGCAAAAAGGGGAACGGCAAGCUCGAUCGUCACGAAUGGAGAUACUGUCAAUCUUACUCAGGAACCCUUACCACCACUCUUUGCCCUUCAGCAUGCCUGUACACUUCCUUAACAACACGUAUCAGGUUGUCAGUUUUGAUGCUUCAACCACAGUGGAGGAGUUUCAGAGUCGGCUGAACCAGGACAUGGGCAUGAGAAAAACUGGUCAGUCUGGUUUCAGCUUUUAUUCUGAUGACCCCACUGGCAAAGACCUUGAGCACUGUCUUCAGGGAAACCUGAAGAUUUGUGAUGUUAUUGCAAAAUGGGAACAAGCUUCAAGAGAACAACACAGAGGCAAAGCAGAGAUUGCGAGGACAGUUAAACUCACUUAUAAAAACAGGUUAUAUUUCUCCAAACAAAUGAGUGGAGAGACUGAGAGAGAGCGUUUGCUGUUGGCAUACCAAACAAAUGAAGAAAUUACAGUUGGUCACUUCCCUGUCAACAAGGAGCUUGCUUUAGAAAUGGCCGCCCUGCUUGCUCAGGUUGAGUUCGGAGACUUUGAGCACCCAUUGGCUAGUCCAGGUGGUUCAGGAAAUACUCUGACUAAGUCUAACCAGACCCUGAAACAAGUUCUAGAGCGCUUCUACCCAAAGAAUUACCAACACACCUGCACUGAGGAAGAAAUUAGGCAGCUGAUACAGAGGCUUUCUACACGUUGGGCAUCUCUGAGAGGUCAGACUACAUCAGAGUGCAUACGAAUCUACUUGACAGUGGCUCGCAAGUGGCCAUUUUUUGGAGCCAAACUAUUCGAGGCUGAAACCAUAUCUCCAUCGGCAUUGAAGAAUGUGCGAGUUUGGCUGGCAGUACAUGAAGAUGGAAUCAGUGUGCUGGAAUUCAAUGCAAUAAAAGUGCUUGCAUCCUACCCUUAUAAAAGCAUUGUGAUGUUUGGAGCAUGUGGUGAAGAUUUCAAGCUGGUAGUAGCUGUGAGUUCUGGCUCCGGCACAUCCAAAGGGAAGCAUCUGUUUGCCAUGACCCCAUCUAAGGUGCGAGACCUGGUGUUACUUAUAGCCAGCUACAUUAAAAGCGCACAACAACAAAUGGCAGCAGCGCACCACCUGUCUGCCCCAGCCUUGCUACUGGCCCUGUCUGCAGAGAUGAAGAACAAAGAGCCAAGAAGCAAGUCGCCGCCAGUGGCCUGCAGGCCCUGUAAAGUUCCUACACUCCUGUAAUAUAUCAACGAGGGGCUGCAUGUGUUGGUGUUCAUUCAGAAUAUUUGUAAAGUUGAUCCUGGUUGAUUUAAAAGCUAUUACUAGCAUCCAAAAUGUUUUUCUGCUGCAGCCAUUGAUGUAAUAUUGAGUAAGAUCUCAUGAGGAUAAAUUUAGCUAAUUUAAUGUAAUAUUUUUGACAUUUCCCCUCCACUUUCUAUAAGAUUACUAAUAUACAAUUUCAUUUUAUAUUAUUAAUAUUAUUAUUAUUACUAUUAUUAGUAGUAUUAGUAGUAUACUAUGUAUACAUAAAACAUCUCCUGUUCCACCACACCCCAAAGGUGCUCUAUUGGAUUGAUAUCUGGUGACUGUGGAGGCCAUUUGAGUAGAGUGAACUCAUUGUCAUGUUCAAGAAACCAGUCUGAGAUGAUUCGUGCUUUAUAACAUGACGCGUUAUCCUGCUGGAAGUAGCCAUCAAAAGAUGGGUACACAGUGGUCAUAAAGGGAUGGACAUGGUCAGCAAAAAUACUCAGGUAGGCUGUGGCUUUGACACAAUGCUCAAUUGGUACUAAGUGUGCCAAGAAAAUAUCCACCACACCAUUACACCACCACCAGCCUGAACCUUUGAUACAAGACAGGAUGGAUUCAUGCUUUCAUGUUGUUGACACCAAAUUCUGACCCUACCAUUUGAAUGUUGCAGCAGAAAUUGAGACUCAUCAGACCAGGCAACGUUUUUCCAAUCUUCUAUUGUCCAAUUUUGGUGAGCCUGUGCAAAUUGUAGCCUCAGUUUCCUGUUCUUAGCUGACGGGAGUGUCACCCGGUCUGGUCCUCUGCUGCUGUAGCCCAUCCACUCCACAGUUUGAUGUGUAGUGCGUUCAAAGAUGCUUUUCUGCAUACCUUAGUUGUAACGAGGGGUUAUUUGAGUUACUCUUGCCUUUCUAUCAGCUGGAACCAGUCUGGCCAUUCCCCUCUGACCUCUGGCAUCAGCAAGGCAUUUGCACCCACAGAACUGCCGCUCACUGGAUAUUUCCUCUUUUUCAGACCGUUCUCUGUAAACCAUAGUGAUGGUUGUGCUUAAAAAUCCCAGUAGAUCAGCAGUUUCUGAAAUACUCAAACCAGCCCGUCUGGCACCAACAACUAUGCCACGUUCAAAGUCACUUAAAUCAUCUUUCUUCCCCAUUCAGUUCAGUUUGACCUGCAGCAGAUCAUCUUGACCAUGUCUACAUGCCUAAAUGCAGUUGCUGCCAUGUGAUUGGCUGAUUAGAAAUGUGCAUUUGGAGAAACUGGCAGUAGGACAAUUGUUGGACUGUUGGACCUAAUAAAGUGGCCGGUGAGCCCCCUGUAUAUUUUUUCCCCCAAUUUCUGUUCAACAGAAAAAACUUUUUUCAACAUUUUUGUAAAACAUAAUAGUUUAAAUAUUUAAUUUCUAAUAACGUAUUUCUUAUAUCUUUGCCAUGAUGUAAGUUCAUAAUGUUUUACUAGACAUUUUCCAAGAAACUAGUAAUUCAGCUUAAAGUAAGUUACAAAAUUGUAUUCAACCAAACGUGUAAGUAAAUUAUUUUCACAGAACGAGUAAGACUACACUUUACUAUGUAAUCUCGUUCUGAAAUCUCUCUUAAUCUUUGCAUGUUUAAGCAUGUAGAAAAUGAGAGAGGGUAAGGGUUAAGGAAGUGGUUUAAUUCAGUAGACUGGUGGUAUGUGAUUAAAAAAAAGCCAACAUGGAGGCAGAUGAGUUAGAGUGCAUGUACUGGAGUACUGAAAAUAACUGCAGAAAAAACUAUGAACCAGGAGGUUUGAAAAGACCUAUACAUUUUU